CACGGAUCAGUUGAGUGGUGAGGUAUAAAUUAAUGUGAUCCAAUGUGUUUUUCAAUGGUUGGGCAGCACAACAAGAUGAGCACAUUUCUGGUUGUCUUCGCUGCGCUCUUGGCCGCCGUUUCCGCGGCGAUCACCCAAGAUCACUUGAGAGGUGCCAUACACGCCUGUUACCCCAAGAUCACCACUGGCCCUCCAGGCUCAUUUGAAGCAUUUUUGCAGUCGAAAAAGAUUCCGAGCACUAAUGAAGAGAAGUGUUUCAUUGGCUGCUUCUACCGCAAAAUAGGAUUAAUCAAGAACGAAGGGUUGGACCUCAAAGUCGCUCUAGAAUUGGCGGAUGCCAAAUACAAAAAUCCCUCUGAGCUCAAGAAGGCUUACAAAAUCGCUGACACUUGCUACGCUUUAGUGAAAAACAUUCAAGACGAGUGCCACCUUGGAUACAUGAUCAGAAAAUGCUUCAUCGUCAAUUCAGAUGAUAGAAUUAGACCUCCCUUCUUGAAUGCAUGAACUCUACAAAGAACAUUUUGACGAUCAAACAAAGAGUGCAGAAAGAGAUAUUUUUAAUGUACAAAUUUGGUUUGUAUGAUGAUCUACCUCAAUAAAAAUAAUAAAACAUUAA